ACAUUUUUGACAGCCACUUCCUGGUGUUAUUUGUUGUGGCAAUACCAUGGAUUUAGCCUAGACUGGAUACAGUUUGUGUCAGAAUUGACUUUUCGUAGGUUAGGAGAAGUCACACAGGUUACGAUAAUCAAUGUCACAGGUUAGGAUAAUUAGGUCAAGGUUAGGUUAAAAUAAAUCUACUUUUGACGUAUAUUUGACAUAAACUGCAUCCCAUCUAGCGAUGAGCAAUACUGUGGCACUGAAACCUCCAGCUGCACAGAUCAGGAACAAGGAAGACACAUCGCUACUAGAUACCAUGCAUAUUUGAAGUGUGCCUGUACUAUCGGCAGCGAUCAGACAGAAAGGUUGAACAAGUUACGGACCUCACGCUGCUUCAGAACGCAAGCUUGGUCUCGAACAGUAAAGCCGGUGGCGCGAUCUGUCGCGAUGUUGUAAACCAUGGACAGCAGAAUAAACGAGAUUCCCGAAAGGACGUUUGAUUUGGUACUACAGAUUGCAUGCCCAACAUCUGAAAAUGAAGAUCCUGCCGUGCUGUGGAGCUUCCCCCAGGACUACACAGACCAGGAGUUUCUCCAGACGAUACCCAAGUUCUGCUUCCCCUUCGAUGUGGAGAGGGUUUCACAGAGUCAGGUGGGCCAGAACUUUACCUUUGUGCUGACGGACAUCGAGAGCAAGCAGAGGUUUGGCUUCUGCAGACUCACUUCCGGCUGCCGUGUCUGCAUCUGUCUGCUCAGUUAUCUCCCCUGGUUUGAGAUCUACUACAAGUUCCUGAACACACUAGCAGAUCACCUAACCAAAAACCAGGAGAAUGAGCUGAAUGACAUGCUGAACUCACUGUACAGUCUGCCGGUGCCAAAGCCCUUCACCCCAGUCAACCUGAGUGUGACAGCGCUGUUGCAUAUAGCCACUGGGCAAGUACUGAGAGAUGCACCAAGCCAGCAGCCGCACUCCUACUUCAUAGCCCCAGAUAUCAACGGCUUGCCCACAAUCCCCGAGAGUAGGAACCUGACAGAGUAUUUUGUGGCGGUGGACGUCAACAAUAUGCUGCAUCUGUACGCCAGCAUGCUGCACGAAAGACGCAUCAUCAUUACCUCAAGCAAGCUUAGCACUUUAACUGCGUGUGUCCACGGCUCUGCUGCCAUGUUGUUCCCCAUGAACUGGCAACACAUUUACAUCCCUGUACUGCCUCCACAUCUACUGGACUACUGCUGUGCCCCCAUGCCAUACCUUGUGGGAGUUCAUCUCAGUCUGCUAGAGAGAGUGCGCAGCAGGUCACUGGAGGAUGUAGUGAUUCUGAAUGUGGACACCAACACACUGGAGAGCCCCCAGGAUGACCUGCAGAACCUGCCCAGCGACGUGGUCCACUCUCUGAAGAGUAAGCUAAAGAAGCAGUCGACAUCAACAGGAAGCGGAGUUGCAAGGGCCUUCCUCCGGGCUCAGGCUGCUCUGUUUGGAUCCUACCGAGAUGCCCUCCGAUACAAACCUGGGGAACCAGUCACGUUCUGCGAGGAGAGCUUUGUGGCUCACCGCUCCAGCACCAUGAGAAACUUCUUGGAGAUGGCGGUCAACCUGCAGCUCUUCAAACAGUUUAUUGACGGCCGGCUGGCCAAGCUGAAUGCAGGCCGAGGCUUCACUGACCUGUUCGAAGAGGAGAUCAGUGAGGGAGGCUUCUGUGGAAGUAAUUCCAGAUCUUAUCAACAGUGGGUGCACACCGUCAAGAGAGGCGGCGUGCUGAUCAACACUGCAAUGACUAAGGCCAAGAGUCAUGCCAAGAGGGGCAUUCGCAGGCUCAAGCAAAGGGAAGAAGAGGAUGAUGGGCCAUUCUGCUCAGGGUCUCCCACCAGCACCAAGAGUCUGUCACCACGGAGACUGCAGAAGAGGAGACAUCAUUAUUAUGCAAAGUCUUCCAUGGGAUGUCCUGACUUUGCCAUCGAUGACGAUGAACUGGACACCGCCAGCAAGAUCUCGUCUGAGGACAGUGGGGAGAUACCGUCCUACACUGAGGACAGUGACGACUCCUAUUCGCUGGAGCUAGACACAGACUCCUCCCAUCAGGGCCAGAUGAACCUAUUAGAGGAGAUCCUUGACUCUCUAAGCACCACCAGCACAGAGCAUGGCAAACUCAGCGCUGCCAAGAGCCUGGACUUCUUCAGAUCUAUGGACGACAUCGACUAUAAGGCUCCGAACAAGUCCAACCCCCACAGUGAGAGUAAUCUGCCCCAGAUGUGUACCAGUGGCAGCAGGGUGGGGGGAGUAGGUGGGGGAGGGGAACAGGGAGGGAGCUGGCAGGACGACAGUGCCCUCCACGGGAAGCACCUGCCCCCCUCCCCUCGUAGACAGCCUAGCAAGAGCAGCCUCAAGAAGCCAAAGCAAAACCCCUUGACAGCCUCUCCACCGGCCACAGAUGCAGUCCCAGCCAAGGACAACAAGGUCCCCAAUCUCCUGCCCAAGAUCCAGGCCCCUCAGACCAAGACCCAGCCCCUUCAUGCCAAGCCCCCGAUCUGUCUCUCUCAGCCCCGUCCAGAGGAGCCUUCGCUCCCAACACCUCCGUCACCACACCUGGGAGACCAAAACCCCUCAUCCAGCCGCUCUCCUGCACCAACCCGUGCAUCCACACACAAUCCUCCACCGGCAACACACACCCCUCCACACACCUCAAUGAUGACCCGUGUUAGAGUCUCCACAGACCCCCAGCCUGAGUCUAAGACCAAACCCCAGACCACAUCCAGCAUCCUGCGGGGGAAUGUGCUGUCCAAGGAGACAGUGAGGCAGGACCAGGCCCUCCAGAGGCAGGGCAGUCAGGACAAAGAGAGGCAGGGUGUGAAGGCCAGGCAGCCCUCUGUGCUGGUCCCCUGGGAGAGAGGGAGACCAGAGGAGGGGGGACAGGGAGAGGACCAGGGCCUAGGGCUGGGGUUGGGGAAGGAACAGGGCAGGGUCUCUGGGGCAGAGGUCCAGGAGAAAGGCCUUCUAGAGGAGAUAGAGUCCAUGUGUCACCUCAGCUCAGCCUUCCAGACCAGCCUACAGCUGUCCCAGGUCCAGUGCCACACCAACAACACACAUAAUAAUACCCACGCCAACAGCCACAGCAAAGCCACCGACAAGUCCUGAGACGGACAGGGGAAGGGGUGCUUGAGGUAGAAGUUGCCCUUAAGAAUCAGACUGCCCUCCGCAAAUCCCAACCUUCCCCUUCCCCUUAACCUUAACCUGAGUGGAGAAUGUUUACGAAAAGAUCAGUGUGUUUUAACAAAGAACAAAUUCAAUUUUCCUUCGAUCUGAAAGUAUUGUAAAGACACAAAGUAAACCCCCAUGACCUUGGUAACUCUUCCACUGUACAGUUUCCUAACACAAUGCCUUAAACCAGGGAUGGGCAACCGCGGGACGCCUUUUGUAGGUCUGAGGACCAAUUUCACCAAAAAUAUACAACUUUUUUUAGGAACUCAGCCGGGGUUUCAACUUGCUGUUAAGAGUUAGAAUAAUAGAGUACACAAGGUGCAAUUUCGAAAUUUGAUUGUACAUCAGUAGUCACUCAAUUAGCCCAUGUCGGCUAAAAUGUUUUAAAUUGGUAAGUUAGUCUAGUGGCCAGCUACCUAAACUUGUAGUAAGCAUGGUCGAAUUACCGACCGGGUUGGGGCCCACUGAUCAUCAGUUAUCAUAUUAAAAACGGUUAACAUUUGCCUCCACCCAAUGGCAAAAUGUGUGGAAUUGCAGGAAAUUAGCUGUAAAUUGUCUAAUUGUUCUCUCUGCCCCAUGGCAAAAUGAGUAGAAUCGCAUGAAAUUUGUUACAAAAUUGCUAUAUCUUCUCUCUACCCCUGGCAAAAUGUGUAGAAUUGCAGCAAACUUGCUUUAAAACGGCAACAUUUUCUCCACGCCCUAUGGCAAAAUGUGCAGAUUUGCUGGAAAUUAAUUUUAAAACUUAAAAUUGGUGGGUGGGGGGGGGGGGGGGGAUCCACUAGCCACUGCAGCCCCUCAUGAUGAGGUUUUUUUUGUGGCCCCCACCCCUAUCAAAGUUGCCCAUCCCUGCCUAAAACUGCGGUGUGCUUUGCAUUUGGUAGUGCUCAGUCUUAAAAUGAAUAAUGUAACUGUUACUUUGGAAGCAGUUGAUCUGCUUAGAUCUACUAUCACAUGAAUGUGGAAAACAGACAGCUUUCUCACUGUGCUUAGACAUAUUAAAGAUAGUUUAAUAUAUGUUGCACUCAGAGAGAAGCUCUAUUUAGUUUGAUUUCAGAGGCUUAUCUAUUUAGAGAUGUAUUUUUCUCAAGUGUUUGUUUCUCAGGAUACUCCUGUCUGUUAGGAAAGAAAGGCGAAAAGGACUUGUGUAAAUACAGCGGAUAUGAAUGAAUAGACAAGCCCAUCCAUGGCACCUAUCUCACCGUCUCUUUGUCGGUCUCUCUCUCUCUCUCCAUCUCUCUCCCUCUCUCGCUUCCUGUCUCCAUCUCGCCACUCCUUCCCAACUCCUGCUCGCUCUCCUCCAUUCACCCUUCCAUCCUCACCAUCUCCCACAAUCUCUGUCUAUCCUCCUACCCUCACACACGCUCGUCCUUUCUCUGAGGAUUUACCCCAGUGUUUUACCCAAAAGGCUCCGACUUUUCUGUUCCCAUCUACGCGGGCUGGCACCCGUGUCUCAAUGGGCUAUGGGUGGUUUUCGGCUUUCGUUUACAUAACAAUGGCUAACUGGGAACUUGGAACACCUUGUCACAAAGCAACAGUCUUGAUGAUGCAGACGUUGUUGAUUCUGCUCCCCCCAAGGCUUUAGUGUCACCCUCCUGAUGGAAAUAAUAUCACUAGAGCUUACGUUAACAGAAAACACCGACGGCCCACUGGUAUGGGCGUAUGUCAUUGGUGAAACACCCGUGAGUGCUUUAGGAGGAGUGUGAUUUCACCACUUGAAAUCUCUGCUAUGUGCACACACCGAAUGAAAUGCUUUGUCCCGUACUCUGAUGCUACCACACUUUGUUUGACUGGGAGGCUUGAGAUGAUUGUAGAAGAGUACUAAAGCAAUACGGCUGUCUGAGAAUAUGGACGGACGUCCAAAGAGAUUUUAUAAGAAUCUCCCAUGGAGAGAAUGCAAGCCCUUUGGGUAAUGCCCAGAGAUGGUGGCCACUCACUAUCGUACCACUAUAGUACAUACAGACAAAAUAAAGUAUUUUCCAGUGCUUGUUUGUGGUUAUGUUGAUGAUGAGUUUAGCCUGUUUUACUCUCGUGAUUUAUGUGGCAUGCCGUUGAGUGUGACUGUUUAACGGUAGCUCUUGCCCCGUCCUGAGCGUUGGGCUGUGGUAACGAUGAGAUCGUAAAGCGUUCUCCGUGGUUCUGGGAAGACCUCACUUCAGCUAUUAAUUUGGAUUUCAAAGGGCCCCCAUGUACAAUUUAUGUUCGCCUAUUCUAUGUUUAAAUUUUGCUAUUUACUUGGGCAGCUUUGAAGUUGGAGCACUGUCUAUAUACUAUGCAAAACGUAUUCAAAGUUUCCAAAUUCAGAAUAGAAUUUGAGGUUACCACUAUAAAGAUCAGGUAAUUGGUAAUCAUAUUUGUGAAUCCAUAGAUCCUCUGGCCUUUUCUGAGUACCACUUAGUAUGCUCAACACAAGUCAUUAGGGAGAAAUCGAGUGGCUUUAAAGAGUCGUCCUCUCAAUUUUUCAAUUGAUAUAGUCUGUAUAUGCAAAAAGUACAUAUUGUGCUCAUCUAUGGCACGUGCAAUGAUGUCCGAGGAGAAAAAACUGUGUUUGCUGUUUACAGUAACUUAUUUGUGGUUGAAAUAUCGCAAACGGACAUGGUUGUUUCACCAUUAAGGAUUCCAGUUUUAAAUGCAUGUUCACCUAUGAGAACCACUAGAAUAGACUUAAUUUCGGUUUAAUUCUUUCGUUUUCUGUCUUUAAAUUUGGUAAUGAGGCUUACUGUACGUGUUCUUUUUUUCCCCCAUCUGUGCUGAUAUUUCAAUGGUCUUUCAUACUGAACUCACUAUGGAGAAGGAUCUUGUUAUGCUUUGUUGUAGGUAGUUAUAUUUUAAGAUUUAUUAUAGAUGAAAGAUUGUAUUUUUUGUGUUUUAAGUAUAUUUUACAAGGAGAAAUAUAUAACUGGUAUAAUAAUAUAUUGUAAAUGAUUCAUAGAACAAACAAGAUUUGAAUGUUGUUAUAUCAUUUUUGGAGGGGAAAUAUUUUGUAUAAAUAUAAUAUGUGUUAACUCAAACCAUUUACCAUCCAGCCACUCGCGUAUCAUGUUACAGCAUUUCAAUCCAUGAGAUAGGUGACUAUCUGCAUACCCAUGGAUUUAUCUUUCUUUUUUCACUUUGUGUUGUGCAUGUACAGUAGAAUACCCUAAUUUUCCAUUCCCCUGGUUCAAAGUAUCUGUGUGUAUUGGCCAUGUUCUGAUAAUCUUAUUUUGUUGUUGAAUGUGUUUAAAGUUAAUCAGCUCAAAAUAAUGAUAAAAAGGUCGCGUCAGGUUGUCCGAUAUCCACACUUUGUUUAGCCAACUUGAAAUACUUUAUUAUUAGUUAUUUCAUCUACUACUGUAUUAACUGCGAUGGAUUGGGAUGUUUUACUUGAGCAAUGUCUUACUAACACUUGCAAUAGUCAGCUAGGAAUCCUUUGAGGCUGAGUAUCUGUGUACUGAAAAGCUGGUAUUUUUAUGACUGAAUGUCCGUUUACUGUCUCAAAGCUUACUGACUGAUGCAGAAGAAAAUAGGAUGAGCGCUAACCUCUUCUAUUCUCUUUUCUAAAUGCUGCGAUUGCGUUUCCCCCUUUUUCCUGAUACUCGUGUGAUAUGAAAGAUCAAAACCACUGAUUGUCAGGAACUAACAGAGGCAUAUCACUUGUCUUUUUAACCUUUCAUCCACGGCAGUGACAAUACUGAGACUUGACACGGUUCAUGUUCAUUCAUUCACCUUUUCCACUGAUCCCUAGACAUGGUACUGUAGUGAUUUGAAUAUGCUGUAUGCAACCUACUGAAGUCUAUUGCGUUGCAUGUUCUCAAUGAUGAGAGAAACUGUUGUCUUAAAUAACGUAUAGGUCAAUCUAAUGUUCUAUCAAUGGAAUGGUACAACUGUUUGCACUGUGAACUUAAAAAUAAAUUAUAUUCAUGUUAA